CAGCCAAUGGAUUUCCUUGCUCGUCGCAAACGUCUGCAUCAAACGCCGUCCUUCACCCUCAAGCACCACCCGACUGCUACGUCCUGCUUGCCCCUUGGCUCCGUUCCUACACACAGCUCGUCGGGAGGACGCAGAGACAUCCGCGUCGGUGUUCUGGUGUCCAGGUGCAAACACAACAGACAGCAAUGUCCGACGACUCCCGCAAGCGGUCGCGCUUCGACCAAACCGAGCCCGAUCCUCCGCGUAACUUGAAGUCCCGCUUCGAUCGCCGGUCGCGCUCGCCUCCGCGCAGAAGCCGAAGUCCUGGUGCAGUGUCGAGCCCCUCCACUGUGGGCGGCAAGAGCGAUGCCAAAGACGUCGAGAGCUCCUCCAAAAGUCCCGCUCCUGUGACCGAUCCCAAGGCUGCAGCGCUGGCCGCCGCGGCGGCCGCAGCUCGCAUAAAUGCCCAGCUCGCCGAGAAGACCAAGAAUGCCCCGGCCGGUAGGCCAUCGGCCGUCGUUGCAAAGCCUCUUCCUAAGAAGGACUCGAGCGGCAUUUACCAGGAAAACGGUGACUACCAGAAAGACAUUGAAAUCAACCACCUGCGAAACCGAUAUACGCUCACGAAGGGAGCAUUUCAAAAGAUGAUCAAAGAACAAACUGGCGCCGAUGUCACGACCAAAGGUGUCUACGUCCCCGAUUCAAAUACCGCCACGAUAACCGCUCCGCCCUUAUAUCUGCAAAUCACUGCGCAGUCAAAAGAUGCGCUUGAGAAAGCCGUCAAACUCAUUGAAGAGGAAAUGGAAAAGGACCUGCCCAACUUAAUUGACGAGCGUCGUUUCCGUGGCAGACGCGAACAAGAAGAUGUUGAACGUGACGAAUUUGGACGCCGCAAAUGGCCCGAGGAACGCAUCCCUAUUCCACUCGAACCAAUCCCUGGCUUCAAUCUCCGUGCACAGGUCGUAGGCUCGCAGGGCUCGUAUGUUAAAUACAUCCAGCACGAGACAGGCUGCCGUGUACAGAUUAAAGGCCGCGGCUCUGGCUUCAUUGAACAUGAUACCGGUCGCGAGAGUGACGAGCAAAUGUACUUGCAUGUAUCUGGUCGACAAAAGGAAAAUGUGGAACGCGCCAAGGAACUUGCUCUUGAACUUCUCCAAAAUGUCAAGAAGCAGUACGACCUGUUUAAGGCCAAUGGACCCAACUUCGGUGGUCGCGGAGGCCCACGUCAGAAUUCUGUUGGAGCGCCUGGCCAUGCCUCACCUUCCGGCUCCAUUCCUGGUACCCCAAGUGGUGGUUACGCUGGUUAUCCCCAGGGAGGAUAUGGCAAUUCCGCCUCUCCACCACCUCCACCACCGCCACCGGGCAAUGCGAUGUCUCCACAGCCAUCGGCACAACCUGACUACUCCCAGCAGUGGCAGCAGUACUACGCACAGCAAGGUCAGCAGGAUCCCAACUCGGAUCCAUACGCUGCAUGGGGUGGGCAGGAAGCAUAUAUGCAGUAUUAUGCCGCAUACUAUGCUCAAAUGCAAAGUCAGGCCCAAGUUCAAUCACCGGCUCCAGUCACAGAGAAUGCCGGAACGCCUCCAGGAGGAUACGGAUAUGGUGCCCCACCUGGCUCUGGCAGUGCACCUCCGCCACCACCUCCUCCUCCACCUUCAGAUGCGGGCGGAUACAAUGCUGUACCUCCGCCUCCUGGUAUGUAGUAAAAUUUGAUGGCAGCAGAUUGCAUCGGUUGUAAGGGUACUUUUCGCAUGCUCAUGGGUCCAACAAGUAGCUAGCGGCGUGUACACAGCAAGUGCCUCUUGGAUGAGCACGGUCGCGUUGUCAAUUUGCUGGUGACAGACUCAUGGACACCUGUUUGGCGCUGAUUCCGUCGACAUGUAAGAACUUCUCAGAUUGCGGGUGUUAGUGGAUAGUUGCUACGCAAUGAGAUACCACAUCCAGCUUCGUUUUUCUGAGGUUACAUAUUAAAGGAAUAGUGCACGACAAGGCAAACACAGCCAUGUAAAUUUGUUCUCACUGCUCAUGGUGUUGGGAGUGGAGGGUUUCCCAGCUCUUGCUUCACAACAUGCUUAUCUACUUAAAAAUAGUAAUUAAGGGCAAAAUUAAAGAGGUAGCGACAAAUUCUGUCUGUGAAUGUUUCAGGGACUUGGAAUGGGUCAUGUCCUUUUCAGCCGCGUUUUACUUCUCCCAGAUUCGUGGAUUUGACACGAGUCGAACAUCUGCCUCUCGUUGUAGAAUGAGGAUACUGUCACGGGUAUCCCCUACAACAAACACAUAAUGG